AUGGCAUCGACGCUAAAGGCUACCCGCCAGAUACUGCAGCACUACAGCGCGGGACGCAUUAGUAGUAGCAGCAGCAGCGAGUGCAGCAGCAGUAACAACAACCGACUGACGACGGUGCACGAUCUGCGUAUUUUGGAGAGGAUCUUGAGACACAGCGACACUUCGGCUGCACUUGGGCAUGCAGAGGCUCCAGCAGGGUCGUUAGCAGCACCUGUAGCCUUAUCCAAUGCCUCUACAGGUGCUUCAGGGAGAGGGCGGGUUGUGCUGCUGUUACUCAAUAGACCACUUCCAUUUUACGUCAACUGUUUACUCGAAAACGCAUCGGUAGUCGUCGCAGCAGACGGUGCUGCCAACUACCUGCUGCCCCUCUACCGUGCUGCUGAGACUAAACAACAACAAGCGCAGCGAUUGCAUGAGAGAAUGAAUGGAAGAACGGUAGAUCCUUUUGUUGCAGAAGCAUCUCCUUUGGAGUCCGAAACCACCGUGCACCAAUGUGGGCGUACACUGCAAUUGCCCGCCUGCAUAUGCGGGGAUAUGGACUCUUCCAGCGCGGAGGCCCUUUAUUUUUUCGAAGCUCGUGGAGUGCCCGUUGUGCGGCUGUCUGACCAAAUCCAUACGGACCUUGAGAAGGCGUUCGCCUUUGCAGCAAGCAAAUUUCGCCUCUCCCACGACGACAUCGUCAUUAUUGCGGGUGCCAUUGGUGGUCGCUUUGACCAUUCAAUCGCCGCUGUUAGCUUUCUGUACAAAGUUCACAAUGCCUCUGCAGAAACGUUGCCCCCCAAGGUGAUUUUGUUGGGCGAGUGCAACGCGUGCUUGCUGCUGCCUGAGGGAGACAACGAGGUGUUGCUUUCCGAUGGGGUUUUCUCAGAGGCCUGCGGGCUGCUGCCUAUGGCUGGAGAAGUGCGGAACGUGACGACUGAAGGAUUGAAGUGGAAUGUGAAGGGCGAGCCACUGCGCGUGGGGGGGUUGAUAAGUUCUUCUAACAUUGUAGGUUUGGCUUGCAAGGUUCCGAGAAUCAAGGACCGCAUCAAAAUUGCCACUUCGGACCCCCUCGUCUUUUUUGGCGAGCUCAACAAGGAGUUGCUGCACCGCUAA